AUGGCCAUAGAAUUCAACUUGAAGCACGUGAACACUAUGAAUGUUUACCAGUUUGAUCAGUCCAAGACAAACUUCACGGUUGAAGAGUUAGCGGCAGUUCCGGGAUCCAGGCAACAAAAUUAUCAGGUGCUGCUUGAUGAGCGCAAGUGUGAUUGUGGGUAUUUUCAGGCUCUUCAUAUUCAUUGUCGUCACGUGCUUGCAGCUUGCUCUCAUGCAAGACUUGAUUGGAAGCGGUUUGUUCACCCUGUGUACCACAUGGAAUCGGUCUUUAAUAUUUACAGAUCAGAGUUUCGACCGAUAGGACAUGAAGAUGACUGGCCAUCGUAUGACGGUCCCAGAAUCCAUCCCAAACAUCAGACGAUGAGAGUGCAGAGAGGUCGGCCCGUGAGCUCCAGAAUUCGUAACAACAUGGAUGACGUUAAGCAUAACGGGGAGAAGCAGUGCGGAUUGUGUCGCCAAAGUAGGCACACGCGGAGGACUUGCACCGCUCUUGGUGGUGGAGGGGCAUCUUCUAGUCGAUGA